UCACUUGUUCUCAGUAGUAAAGCAAAGUUGGGUGAGAGGGUUGGUUUGUCGUAUAUUUGGAGCGAAACACAAACUCAAGAAAGAAAUUUUUGUUUGUUUUCACAUAUAUCGUAAUUGUAAAUAAUAUUUUGUGCCACCAAAGAAUGGCAACUACCAAAGACGACAGCACCGAUAGCGUGCAAUUUUUUGAAGGAGUGGAGAAACUUCUUGAGAUUUGGUUCACAAGCAGCAGCAGCAUAAACAGAAAGCAGGGCGAUCUUAGGCAGAUUCCUCAAUGGAAAUGGCAAUCGUUACUAAAAAUCGUUCGUUGUGAGAUUAUCAGCAUUUGUCGUACUGAGCAUGUAGAUGCUUAUGUCCUCAGUGAAAGCAGCAUGUUCCUAUCAAAACGUAGACUUAUUUUGAAAACAUGUGGCACAACUACUCCUCUUCAAUGUUUGGAGCCUCUUUUGGAACUCAUAAAAGAAUAUACUGGCUUUGAAGAAGUAGAGAAUGUAUUUUAUUCGCGAAAAAAUUACAAGAAACCAGAAUUGCAAAUAUCUCCGCAUCAAGCAUUUGAAGAAGAAGUUGGCUUACUCGAUACGUUUUUUCCAGGUGGGGAAGCCUAUUGUUUAGGUUCUGUAGAGUCAGAUUGUUGGUAUUUAUAUACUUUGAAUAAAGAAAAAUCUGUUGAUGAACCUUCAGAACCAGAUCAAACUCUAGAAAUCUUAAUGACUCAUUUAGAUCCAGAAAUAAUGGCUCUUUUCACUAGAGAUGUAUGUUCAUCUGCAGAUGAAGCAACUCAAAAAUCAGGAAUUGACAAACUUAUUCCAAAUAUGAUUAUUGAUGAUUUUUUAUUCGAACCUUGUGGAUAUUCAAUGAAUGGAGUAUCUAAAAAGGGAAAUUAUAUGACUAUUCAUAUCACACCAGAACCAGAGUUUUCAUAUGUCUCAUUUGAGAGUAACAUUCCAGAAGCAUCAUAUGAGGAAAUAAUACGACGUGUAUUGAACACUUUUAAACCAAAAAAAUUUGUUGUAACUGUCUUUGCUAACAAAGAAUCGAUAGCUGCUAGUUGUCCGCGUGAUUUAGAACAAACUGAUUUUCUAAAAUGUUCUGGUGAUUGGCUACGUACAGAUGUACAAUAUUGUCGUUUCAAGAAUUAUGAUUUGACUUGUGCAUUUUAUUCAAGAUUCCCAAGCUGAGGGUUCAUGGACGCUUCAUUCGGACCUAAUGAAUCAGGGACAAAUGAAGCGCUUAUUAAUAAUUCUACUUUUUCGCAAACUUCUUUUUCUUUUUUUAAUUCUAUAAAUGAAAAAAACAAAUUUAAUCAAUCUAUAAA